AACUUUUGAUAUGUAAAUACAAAGAAUUGUGUUGUAUGUAUGCGAGCUUCCCUACAUUUUACUAUAUGAGAAUGGGGUGUGGGCUGUCCUCUUGAUGGCUUGCUUAUUUUUGCUACAUUUAUAGGCUUUAAUGGACGAAGUUUCACUUGCUGUUGAUGAUGUGAAAAGGACAUGGGAUCAAACUGUGAAUCACAUUCAGGACAACAUAAAAGAAAUUCAUUGUUGUGGGAAAUCUGGAAAGGGUAUUCAGGACCGGAAUUCUCUCCCUAGACUCAAUGGCACUGCACAGGAUGGCCUGGCAUUGCUUAGAUCACUUCAGUUUAGGCUUGAUCUUUUGGCUCAACAACUGCCCACAGAAGAAGCUGUAGUGUCUGCCCACACAAUGUUGAACUCUUGGAAAGAACAAUACCAGGGAUUGCACUUGAGCUUGAGAAAUGCAAACUUGCAA